GUUUUCUCCUUCCCCGUAGUGAUUUUACUAGAAAACAGCCGUCCCUGUUUAGAAGCCAGCCGAUCGCCCAGUGCCAUCACCCUGCCUGCUGGCUGGGCAGGGUAACUCCUCAGGUCACCACCCCCCCUCCAGCCUGCCUUGGGCUUGGGGAGUGAGGAGAAGGGCGAGGGACGACCCUGAACAUCCUCCAUCCAUCGCUCCGUCACCAGAGCAAGAUGGCCGGGCUCCUGAGGAUGUUCAGGAAGAAGGCUCUGAAGGUGGCCCCAGAGCCUGAGGGGAGCAGCUGCCAUCUUCCCCAGGAGCAGAGCGGCCCCUCUGUCCCCACUGGCAGGGAAGGAGCUCCCGGCCGGACCAGGAGGUGGAAGUUCCCAGCCUUCUGGAAGAGGAAACCUGCUCCCGGCGCAGGCGCCGAGGUGGGAGAGGCACUGGCCAGGCCAAAAUGGAGCUGGUCCAGGAUGCGGCUGGGCAGGCAGGACCCAGCCCAGGGGCGCAACCGGGCAGGGUGGCUCCGGGGCUUGUUAUGUGGGCAGCAGCAGCCCCAGGAGCCCAGCCCUGAUUUCCAUCAGGAGGCAUCGCCCAGCCCGGUCAGUGGGGACCUUCCAGCCUUCCCAGGGCAGGAGGUGGAGGAUCCCUCUCCCAGCCCCAGCAGCUCGGCCCGCUCCCCAUGGGACAGCAGCAGCGCCUGCGACUUGGACAGCAGCUCGGCCCGCUCCCCAUGGGACAGCAGCAGCGCCUGCGACUCGGACAGCAGCGAGGCCGAUGGACGCUUCUGCUUCGUUCAAGGGUCCGCCAGGGCCUCUGAGGACGAGAAGGAGCAGGAGGAGGAGGAGGAGGAGGAAUGGGUUGACGUGGUAACAGAGGAGGCUGCUCUCAAAAACAUCCGAGAGCAGCUCCAGGGCCGAGAAAAGGACGAGGCGCAGCAGCUCGUGUUCCUGCACGCCAUCCACCCCGCGUGUCUCGCUGCACAGCAGAGAGGGCAGGACACAUUGGAGCCGCGCUGCUGCAAGGCAGCUGUGGUGGAGAGGAUUGUGGAGCUCAUUGAGGAGCUUCCUGAUGACUCUCCGCCCGGCGCCGUCCUGGCCAACUGCCUGAUCGCUGUGGCCAACCUCAGCACCAUGACACCUGCCUUGGAGCCGGAGCUGGAGACCCACCUCCUCCGAGCUGCCCUCCAUGCCGUUUUCACCCUGGACACGCGGACGGACACCACCCAAGUCCAGGAUCUGCAUAGGGUCAUGCCAGACCUCCUGGACGCCAUGCUGGGGAACCUGCUGGCAAAGUCCCCAGAUACCAACAAGCUCCACUACAUCUUGGAGCACAUUAACUACUGGAUGGUGUCCAGGGUGUCGCGCGAGAGAGCCAGGGCCAUUAGGAGCAGCGCGGCCCUGCUCACCUCCAUCAUCAUCCUCCCUGACUUUGACAACUCAGCCGAAUUCCCCGAGAUGGGUCACCACGUGGCACAGCUGGCUCUGUCCAUCGGUGACCCAGACAAGGACAUCAGCCGGCAGGCCAGGGAGGGGAUUUUCCGGCUCUACCAACUGUUGCUGCACCAGAGGGACCUGACCAUCCACGAGGCCGAAGAGCUGUGGCUCCGGGACUGGCACCAGGACAGCAGGCUCCUCGGCUAUAAAAACACAGCCAGGGUCGGGGAGGUCUUUGGAAAGUUAUUCUCGGAGGGGCAGAGACGCUUCUUCCUGCGGACGGCAGUGCUGGCCAUGCACAACCCCCGGCUGCGUGUCAGCCAGGCUGGGCUGCUCCUCACUUACUCCCUCCUGGGGCAAGCCCAGCAGCUGCUGGGGGACAAGCAGGAGGAGGUCACCUAUAAGGUGACGCAACAACUGCACAUCAUCCACAACUUGCACCAAGUGCCUGAGGCGGUGCAGGAGCUCUGCUUCCAAGGCCACCAGCUACUCCCACUCCCUGUAAACGGGGAGUGUAGUCAGACUGAGUGGUCUCCCUCCGAGUGGGAGAGCGAGAGACCCCCUACACAGCCCUUGGAGGGUGGAGCCUAUAUUGCCCCGCCCCCCUCACCGUCAGGACUGGGGCGUGGCCGGAAGUAUAAAAGGCCAGCCGUGCUGCACAGUGGGGGGAGAGCCUGCAAGACAGGAGGACGCUCAGCCUGUUCUCCAGAGGCCCUGAGAGGAUCCCCAGGCGUGGACGAGGACUGGCCCGGAGUCCUCGCUGCGGUUUACUUCAAGGAGCUGGAAGAGGCCUGGAGGCCGCGGGUACCAAACCCUGGGGAGGCAGGAAGUAGCCCAGGGGCAGCCCCGGAGCAGCCGGCUGCAGAGCCCAGCGCGGCUCAGUCGGCGUGUUGCAGCAGGAUCCCCGCCGAUGCAGAGGCAGCCAAUCCUGCCCCUGCCAGGACCUUGGGCUGGGACACGGUGGAGUAG